AUGUCUCAUCAAUACCAAGACAUGUACACAUCCGACUUUUCCAACCGCUCGCCGGGUUCCAACCGAUAUGGUAGCGGUCUGACCCUGAACCGCCAACCAUCUCGACACUUCGACAGCUAUGGCGGUGGACAGAUGCAGCAGGGUCUCUACACCUCGGAGGAUCAUGUAGCUUCGCGAUUUGAUUCUGUUGCCCGCUUCCCCCCCGUCAACGCAAACCCUCACUCCAACUCCUAUUACGAUAGCCAGACCUGGAACUACGGGGCGCCUAGUCUGAAUGGUAAUAAUAUGAAUAUUAAUGGUGGUGCAAAUACUAUGGGCGGAACGGGCCGUGUCAAAUCUCAGACGGCUCGCAGGGCUGGACUACCUUCUAAUUGGAUGGACUCUUCGAUGCCUCCUCCCCCUAUGCCACAACAGAACAUGGGCAUGCUCUCCCACCAACACCAGAUGAACGGUCACAACGGUCCAUACAACCAACAGCUCCAAGGUGGCCCUCCGCGGAUGGAUACUCCUCCCGAGCACGACGAGCUCAUCCCCACCGCCAUUGUCAUCAAGAAUAUUCCAUUUGCCGUUAAGAAGGAGCAACUAGUACAACUUAUGACAGAUAUGCACCUCCCGCUUCCCUACGCCUUCAACUACCACUUUGACGGCGGAGUUUUCAGGGGCUUGGCCUUUGCAAACUUCACCACUCCCGAAGAAACUUCAGUUGUCAUUGACACGAUGAACCAUAUGGAGCUCCAAGGAAGAAAGUUGAGAGUCGAGUACAAGAAGAUGCUCCCUAUGCUGGAGAGGGAAAAAAUAGAGCGCGAGAAAAGGGAGAAGCGCGGACAAUUGGAGGAACAACACCGGCCGAUGCCAAAUGCCUCUGUCCCCUCCCUCAAUGCACAAGCAUCAAUGAACUCCAUAAACUCGAGUCACAUACCCUCGUCUCCAUCGCCAGUCUCAUUAAGAGGACAGGCACAAAUCCCUCUCGACAUGAAUGACCCCGUAAUUCUGGGAUUCUACGGCGACCUCAUAGGGUUCAAGAAUGAUGCCAGCAGAGACAUCUACGUUUUCCCAAGCACUGUUCCCCCUGCUGAUCGCCGAACAAUCCAUACUUUGGCUCACAACAUGGGGCUCGAACACAGAUCCGAAGGAACUGGUGAUGGUCGGUGCGUUCAAGUUUACAAAACAAGGCAUUCCACCAUCAGCCCUGCCGUCCCGCAACUCCCGCAGAGCUCCUACUACAACGAUGCGUCGCGCCGUGGUCUGAACCGUGCGGCAACCAUUGACUUUGGCGAAUCGAGAGCCAACGAUGGCAACUACUACAACCAUUCACUCCGGAACCAAGGUUCUGGCCUUUUGGAUAUUCCAGGAUCUCCUGGAUUGGGAGUCAAUCAUAAUAAUCUUCGCGCGGCAAAAUCGUUCGCUGAUCUCCGUUCGUACACACCCUCACCCUCGCAAUCUGUUCAAAGUUAUCCUACCAAUGCUUCGGCAACUAUUGCGCGAUACACUGACUACGGUCCACCAUCGCAAGCUUCUGGAACCCCCAAUCUAACACCAACAUCUGCAGGAGGCCAAAAUCCUUUGAAUAACCGCGACGAGAGCUCCCUUCUGAACGGACUCAACGGUCUUUCCCUCGGGUUCGAUCGCCCGAAUGCUGGCAGAACCGCCACAAAUGGUCGUAUGGGACAAGAGAGAGAAAUUCCAAGUGCUGGACCUAUUGGAAGCCAACGUCCCAUGAACGGCAAUGCCUACGAUGAGAAUCCUCGAAACGGUGCUACUGCACGCCCCGAAAGACAACCUCGCGGACCAGGUAGCGAAUGGGGAGCUGGCUUCCAACGGCCAAGACAGAAUGGACACCGCAAUCAGGGCAGUGGUGAGCUUGAUCUGAAUAGCAUCGAAACGGAAUGGGAUGAUAACAUUGCUCAAGAUUCCUCCGAUCGCAGCCUCCCUUCGAAUAAUCGAUACAUGUAA